GUUUCGAAAGAAAAUUUCUAUUUCGUCGAGGACUUCUGGGCAGGUGAUCUGGCUGGCGAGCUUCUGCCGAACGCGCUUCUGCAGCGCUUCUGCCCCUCUAGUGCGGCACUCGAAGCUGCAACUCGGUCUCCAGACCUUGAGUCGUCAGGUGCUGAUGGAAACUCGCCUCUCAAAAAUGCCACCAUUAAUCCGCAAGGCCUGAUGAACCCGCGCGCCGUAUUUGACGGCUUGCUCGUUGGCGAUAUGGUCGUUUUCAAAGAGGCGUACACUAUCGAGCGGUCUUCCAACACUGUGGUGGGGAAAGAGAUAUAUGCUUUAGACCCGCUAAGUCGUAAGAUCCUUCUAGCAGAGGACGACAUGGACGAACACUCUACAAGUGUGAGCGUAGUUGCUGGCCCGGCUUUCGACAGCGAAGCGGCCGUACAUUAUGAAGACUCGAUCGACCAGCGAGAUGGGGGUGAUACUCGUGCUGCGGCGAGUGGCAGUAGGGCACGCGGGAGUAGGCGUUCGCACGGGAAAACGGGCGUGCAAAGCUCACAGGACGAGCCGUCGUGCGGAAGCACCUCGUUGAGAAAGACGACAUUGCGGUUUUCGAAAGAGGACGAGUUUACUGCUGAAGAGUUUCGUCGUCUGUUAAUGGGAGGCUUCAACCCCGUCGAGCAUCCCGCAUCUUACGCGCGUCUGAACAUUCAGUCCUCUUCGACCGCGCGUCUGCAUGAUAUAGCGGAGGGCGAUGAAGCUACAGAGUCGCGCUACCACAAGGCGGCGCCGGCGGCGAGCGCUUUUGUCGGGCGGGGUUACCUCAGCAGCGUCAAAGAUCCGGGCUCUGCUGGCAGUCAAGCUGGGUCACCACUGUACUAUUCGGAGGAAGACGCUAACCAAGGAGAGGGUCGGGGCGUGCUGAGUAGUUUCCUGGCCGUACAAGCUGCUCGCGGCAAUGAUGGAAUAAGCCCUGCAGCAGAAGGACUUGACGCGUUUGGUUUUGAAGCGAGGCCAAACACUUCCUUUGGAGUCGCAGGCGAGGCGCGUCGCAGUAGUCGUACGCUGGCUUCGGAAAAGAACGCAGCGCUUGGGCGAACAAAAUACUACCAUCAAGGUGGGAGCAGCAGUUCGCAGUCCUUGUCGGCGAGCGGCGCCGGAGGCGGUGCAGGGACACAUCGGGGUCGAAGUCAGAGUAGGAGUCGCAGUCCGAGCAGGGGAUCUCCCCUGGGUGGCGCGAAUCUGUCAGGGAUCGCCGGCGGCGGACUUGCGUUCGACAAGAAUGAAGCGGAAUCCGCCAUGCGACGGCAGGUCUUGCAGGUUUACGGUCUCCAGGCGGUAGCUACGAAGGAGGAGAAUGAGGGACUGGUGUGUAUUCGCUACGGAAACAUCUUCCAGGACCUGUCGUACCUGAAGCAAGAGCAGCGUAAUAACUGGCCCAAACUCGUAGACUUGUUCGCGCUGCUCUGUCGCAAGCUAAAAAAGGCGCACUUUGCGGUCGUGGACGUGUCGCGACUGAUUGAUCUCAUCUUCGCUGGCCGCGAUCGGGAUCCACUGGAGGUUCUGCGCAGAUGCGUCCGGAAUCUAGACGACCUGCUGCGGGAGUGCCGCCACAACAGCCGGCAAAGUGGUGAGGUCAACUGGCUGGAGCGCGAGAACCCUGGGCUCAAAUUUCGCGGCAACGAGGAGGAGCGCCGACGGAGUGCAGCAGAGUGCAUCUGGGGUGGCUGGCAGAUGUUUCAGUGCAAGCUAAAAAUGGCGUUACUUGUCAAAUUUCAC